AUGGAGAUUAUGACCUCGACAAACCCUCAACCAAGUGUAUUCCUCUCGCAGGGUCGAGUGAUCGGCACCCAAUUGAAUGAUUCAUUUCCCAUCACUCUAGACGCCUUCCUUGGAGUUCCAUACGCACAACCACCCACAGGUGACAGACGCUUUAGACCAGCUCAAAAAUUAUCCCCCUCCAACGACACAAUCAACGCCACUCAAUAUGGACCCAUGGCCCCAGGCAAAGCCUUGCUAGCCAGUGGACCCCAGCUCUCGCAAAGCGAGGAUUGUCUCACCGCGAACAUCUUUCGACCCGCUGGGACUUUGGCGACAGACAGCUUGCCAGUGGCGGUGUAUAUCCAUGGAGGCGCGUUCAAUCGCGGAUCAGCGAGAAUGCACGACACCGCCUCUAUGGUCGCAUGGUCCGAGGCAUCGUUUAUCGGUGUCAGCUUUGGCUACCGACUCGGUGCCUUGGGUUUCCUGCCUUCCUCGUUGACGAAGAAAGAAGGGAUAUUGAAUUUGGGGCUUCGUGAUCAAGUUCAUUUAUUGGAAUGGGUGCAGGAGAAUAUUGCUAGAUUUGGUGGAGAUCCAGCCAACGUGACUUUGUUUGGAUUGUCCGCUGGUGCACAUUCAAUUGGACAUCACCUUUUGAAUUAUAAAGAAGGCACUUCCGCUCUUUUUCACCGAGUCAUAAUGGAAUCCGGUGCGCCAACAUCACGAGCAAUUCGACUUUACAACGCCCAACUCCACGAAGAGCAAUUCCAACAGUUCCUCCAUGAAGUCGGUUGCCCAUCAAAUCUAGAUGAGGACCAAAUCUUCCCCUUCCUACGAUCCCUACCCAGCUCAACCCUGAUCCAUGCCCAAGAGAAAAUCUUCGACAAAUACAACCCUUCUCUGCGCUGGGCCUUCCAACCCGUCAUCGACGACAACCUCAUCCCCCGCAGCCCCCUCGAAGCAUGGACCUCGGGACUCUGGAACAAAGUCCCCAUCAUGACGGGCUUUACUACAAACGAAGGAUCAAUGUACGUGGACAAAAAGAUGUCCACCCCGUCACAGUUCCGCACCUUCUGGUCCAAUCUCCUUCCGGCGCUGUCCCCCUCGGACUUGGACCAAAUCGACCAGCUCUAUCCUGAUCCAAACGUCAGCCCAACAUCCCCUUACACCGAAACCCGCACAGCGCAUGGUCUGGGACCCCAGUUCAAAAGGAUCGAAGCCGCGUAUGCUCAUUACGCCUACAUUGCGCCCGUCCGUCAGACGGCUGAUUUCGCAGCCACACAAGGCGUGCCUGUCUACUUGUAUCACUGGGCUCUGCCACGCACGGUCGUGGGUCGCGCCAAUCACGGGGACAACAUGCUCUACGAAACAUUCAGCAAGGAGAUCACCGGCAUCUCGACCUCCCAAAGAGAUCUUUCGGGAACGCUGCAUGCGUAUGUGACCAGUUUCAUUACGCAUGGAGAUCCCAAUGCUAUGAGGGGUCGGUUCUCCGAACGGCCGAGCUGGGAUGUCUUUGAGCCCGGUGAGCCUUGUGCGAUGGUUCUCGGGGAAGGGAACGAGGAGUUAAUUGGGGGUCAACCUGCCCCUUCGGCCAAGUUUGUUCGGGACGAGUGGGCGAGAGAAGAGACUAGGUUUUGGUGGUCUAAAGUACAUGUCUCUCAGAUUGCAUGA